CCCAGGCGAGUACCUUUCGCCCUCCGACCCAAAAUCGAUGAGCAAUUAAACAAGCUCAUCGAACAGGGAGUCCUCGAGGCCACAGAUCAUGCCCGAUGGGAGACCCCCAUAGUCACCCCGAUAAAGGUCUUCGCCAAACUCGACCUGGCACAAGCCUAUCAGCAACUGCCGGUAGACGAGGAAACCGCCGAAGCGCAGACAAUAGUCACACACCGGGGGGCCUUCCGCUGCAAGAGGCUGCAAUUCGGAGUCAGCCAUGGAAUCCACCCCACCGAGGGCAAAAUAAAAGCCAUUAAAGAAGCCCCGAAGCCCCGAAACAAAACGGAAUUACAAGCGUUCCUGGGGUUAAUAAAUUUCUACAAUGUUUUCCUGCCCCAAAAGGCGACCGCGGCGGAGCCAUUGCAUAGGCUGCUCGACAAGGCAGCCACCUGGACGUGGGGGAGACGAGAAGAGGACGCCUUCAACAGAACCAAGAACCUUCUCACAUCAGACGCUGUCCUCAUCCAGUACAGCGAGACACUCCCCAUCACGGUAACGUGCGACGCAUCCCCUUUCGGAGUAGGAGCCAUCCUCAGCCACACCCUCGCAGACGGAAAAGAAGCGCCCAUCGCUUUUUUCUCGAGGACCCUCUCAAAACCCGAACGAAACUACAGCCAAUUGGAUAAGGAGGCUUUAGCCAUCGUCGCGGCCGUAAAGAAAUUCCACGAAUACCUUUACGGCAGGACCUUCACCAUAAUCACGGACCAUAAACCACUGCUGGGAAUACUGGCAGGAGACCGGGCCACACCAAUCAUCCUCUCCCCAAGGAUGACAAGGUGGUCCGAAUUUCUUGCCGCCUACAAUUACCGACUAAUCCACCGCCCCGGCAAAACAAUUCCGCACGCAGACGCCCUCAGCCGCACACCGUUGCCAACCCUGGACGACGACCCAGCACCAACCACGUCUACCCUGAGCAUCGAGACCUUACCCAACCUACCCCUGACCGCGUCAGACAUUGCCCUAGCAACCAAUAAAGACAGACGUCUGGCGCAGGUCCUGAGAUGGGUGGGGAAAGGCUGGCCAGAAAAAGAGGAAGACAGCGAGUUCAAAGCUUACCGAAGCCGACAAACAGAACUGUCAACACAAAAAGGUUGUUUAUUGUGGGGGGACAGGGUCGUAAUCCCGGAAAAAUUACAAAAAAAAGUCCUAAGCAUGCUACACGAAGGGCACCCCGGCAUCGUUAGGACAAAAGCCCUGGCCAGAAGCCACGUCUGGUGGCCAGGGAUGGACAAAGAGAUCGAAGCCUGGGUAGCCUCAUGCAAGCAGUGCCAGGAAUCAAGACCAAACCCCCCCGCCGCCCCGAGCCGAGAGUGGGAAACCCCCAGGGGUCCAUGGUCCCGAAUCCACGUAGAUUUCGCGGGACCAACCAAAGGACACACCUUCCUGAUAACCGUAGACGCUUACUCAAACUGGCUGGAGGUAAGCAACAUGAAGACGACCACCACAGACUCCGUCAUCAGAGAACUCAGCAAACUCUUCGCAACCCACGGCCUCCCAGAUGUCAUCGUAUCGGACAACGGCCCCCAGUUCACCGCACUACCGUUCGAGAAAUUCCUAGCAGAACGAGGAAUCCGACACGCAUUAACAGCGCCGGCACACCCGGCGGCGAACGGUAGGGCGGAGAAAAUGGUCCAAUUCACAAAAAAGACCAUCCAAAAGAUCGAAACCGGCGACAUACAGGACAAGAUAAAUCGAAUGCUCCUAAUUCAACACAUAACCCCGAGUACCACAACAAACAAGAGCCCAGCGGAGCUAUUAAUGGGAAGAAAACUGCGAUCCCCGCUCGACCGCCUGCACCCCACAUACAACCCGGAAAGACCCCCUGAUUCUACCAGCAAACACAGAACAUUCUCACCGGGAGACAAGGUUUACGCAAAAAACCUCACCGGAGACCCCCUCUGGGUACCGGCAACGAUCACCCAAGCAACAGGGCCACUCUCGUACCGCCUCCAAACAGCUGACGGACGAGCGUGGAAGCGCCACAUC